AGAACUUCUUGCAUAAGCGGCUCCUGUGGUCCUACGAUACUAUACGAAUUUAGUCUAUAUUUUUUAUCCAUGUGUAAUAGGCAUACAGUAAUUGAAGAUAGCUAUAGUAUAAAUAACAUAACAUCAUGUUGGACCGAUUACCAGUAGAAAUAGUCGAACGCAUUGUCGCAAAGAUCCCGGAUACUGACCUUAUUGCAGCGAGUAAGGUAGAUAGAGUGUGGUGGCAGGAAGUUCGUCGAGAGGCAUAUAAGAGGUGGAAAAAUUAUGCCACUACGAUCGGGGAUGUGUACUGUGAAAUCCGAGCUCUCGGAAAGCAUUAUAUAAAGAGGGAAAUUGACUGGAUAACGUUUGAAGAUGUAAACGACCUCUAUAAAAGAUGGAUAAACCGCCUCACCGAGGAUCAGCUUUAUAUUAUGGAGAAAAUGCUUAGGAAUGGGAUGGUCGUGGACCCCCAAGAGAGGGAAACCAUAGAGUAUGCAUUAAGUGAACAAAGAUGGGGAGGCGAUCCUUGGGGACUGGGAGUGGUAUGA